UAAGGAUUUAAGCAAAUGAUGUACGAACAUGAUGAUUAUGGAUGAUUAAUGCAAAAUAUCUUCUUCUCAUCUCCUUUUUUAUCCUUCCCUCUCUCAUCCUUUUCAUCCUGUCAUUCUUUUUCCCUUUCACCAAUUCUGAUCUCUUCUUUUUCUUAUUCAUUUUUGCCAGAAUCAGGACUAUUUAAACUAAACAACAACUAGAGGGACAUUGCAGCAGCUGGCUAUAUAUAUCCUACAAACUUGACCACAAUUUUCAAAAAGCAUGCACCAAAACUCCUCAGUCAUGAAGACAUCAGCUAAAAUUGUAGUGUCCAUUUCCCUUCUCCUCUUUCUGUCUCUGCCAUUUCCGGCCUUCUCAGCCCGUCCCAAAUGCAAUUCCCAGGACAAGAAAGUCCUUCUGCAAAUCAAAGCAGCCCUGAAUAAUCCCUAUCACUUGGCCUCAUGGAACCCUGAGGAAGAUUGCUGUACUUGGUAUGCUAUGGAAUGUGACCGGAAUAAUGGCCGAGUCAAGGCUCUCACCAUCUUCUCCGGUAACAUCUCCGGCCAAAUCCCACCUGCCGUCGGCGACCUCCCGUAUCUCGAAACCUUGGUAUUCAGAAAGCUCACAAAUCUUCAUGGCCAAAUCCCAUCUGCCAUCACCAAAUUAACCCGUCUCAGAGAUCUUACCCUGAGCUGGACUAAUCUCUCCGGCCCUGUUCCUUCAUUCCUCAGCCAACUCAAGUCCUUGACUUAUUUAGACUUGUCAUUCAACGAUCUCACAGGUUCCAUCCCUCCUUCCCUUUCCCAGCUCCCGAAUCUCGAAGAGAUUCAUCUAGAUCGGAACAAGCUCACCGGAAGCAUCCCGGAAUCUUUCGGACACUGGGCCGGAAAGACACCCAAUAUUUUCCUCUCCCACAACCAGCUCACCGGCCCUGUUCCAGCAUCUUUGGGCAGUUUGAACUUUCCGUCCACAAUUGACUUGUCCAGAAACAAGCUUGUAGGGGAUGUAUCUUUCUUGUUUGGGAGGAGCAAGACGGUUCUGUUCAUCGAUUUAUCGAGGAAUCUGUUCGAAUUCGAUCUUUCUAAAGUGCAAUUUCCAGUGAAUUUGACGAAUUUAGACUUGAACCACAACAGGAUCUUUGGGAGUCUUCCACAGGGGUUGACUCGAUUGAACUUGCAAUUCCUGAAUGUGAGUUACAACAGGCUUUGUGGUAAGAUCCCACGUGGUGGAGACUUGCAGAGGUUCGAUCAGUACUCUUAUUUCCAUAACAGAUGCCUUUGUGGUGCUCCUCUGUCUCCCUGCAAAUGAUUCUGAAAAAAAUGAAAAACAGGGGAAGAGUUUGAUAAGUAAACCCGUUCCCCAUGCUGUUUGUUAAUUUGCUUCGCUGCGGUCUGAGAAGAAGAAUAAAAGAUGUGAACGAAUAAUAUACUGAUUCGAAAGCAUCAAAAUUCGAAUUAGUUUGCAAUUUCUCGGCUGUAUUAAUUAGGCUUUUGUCAAUGUUUAUAUAACCAUUUGUUAGUUCACUUAGUUUGUUUCAUUUGCUUCCUAAGUUUCUAUCUUGUCAAAUUGAUGACUGACAUAUCAAUCUCAAGAAGAAUAUUGUGUUUUGUUUCGUAUUUAAUGAUAUUUUAUUGUUAGCCAGCAAUUUCCUAGUGCACGAGUAUAAUUAUUAAUGGUGAAAAAUUCAUA